AUGGCUUUCAGGUUUGGUGUUGCUUCCGCCAUAGCGGUUGUACAGUUCGCAUCCAUGGCUUUCUUGAUUAUUGCAUGUGUCACUGCUCCCGUUUUCAGCCAGAUAGGCCUCUCGAAGUACAACGAUACCGUUUAUGGAACGUUUGGGUAUUGUAAUGGCAAAGGCUGUAGCAGUGCAGGGGCCAUCUACGAUGUACAAAGUUUGAACUCGGAUGGUAAUUGGAAAUUGAACGACACGGCUCGAGAAAAAUUGGCCAAAAUUCUAAUUGUCACGCCCAUCGCAGCGGGACUUACAUUUUUCGCCAUGAUUUUAAACACGCUGUGUCAAUUUGGUUCUAUUGGUGCCAGAGGUGGAAUUUUCAUUGCCAAUUUGUUAUUAACAUUACUUGCGUUUGCAGCGUCUGCGUUGGCGUGCAUAGUAGUUUUCCUACUUUUCUACCCUAAUAUGACCUGGUGUUCCUGGCUUUUGAUACCAGCCGCGGCAGUCAACUUGCUAUGCGUGCCCCUCACGUAUUUGGUUCAUUCUCAAGCUUCGAGCUCGGAGCCCGAUGAUGAGGAUUCUCUGAACGAUGCCCGGUCCACCGAUAUCGACGAAGUCAAGACUCAUGAACCUAGCAGCCGUUUGGGACUUUUCGAACAGAAUCAUGAUUUGUCUGCAAACGACGCUGAAAAGGACUUUAUGGCUCCAAAUUACUAUAAAGGUCCUCAAAUUAUGACAUCGACCACGCUCACGUCUUCUAUGACUGCAGACUCUACCUCAGAUCGUGAAGCUUUAUCCAAACAGCGCACCGCGGACCCUUAUAGUGUUUUCAACCGGGAACUUGCGGCAGGAGCUAAGCAGCCUGAAAUGGGACUGGGCGCUGCGCGUGCAGAACCUUAUUCUGCUAUCCAGCAUUCCCAAAGUAGUGUGAAUGCUGAUGGCAAGAAAAUAGGGUAUACACCCACGAAACCCGUUGUGCAGCGGCAGUAUUCUGACACUUCUUCAUACUACUCUGAAAACCCUGCAUUUUCGCGUCAAGGUACUAUGAACACUUCGGAUUUGAAACCUGCGUCGGCUUUGGAUGUUAGUGACAAAGGCGGCCAGGAGAAAGCUUCUAGUCAAGAAGUUCUACAGGGCAUAAUCAAGGGAGCCAUAUCUGAGGAAGACGAUGAGGAUUUUUUGAAACAACAAACUAUCGAUCCACGUGAAAGACCCGCUUUGGAUGACGAUGACGGAAUUCAAGACAAUGGUUCAGAUUUCACCUCUGUUUCACAAAGAGGUAUCAACCCCCACUAUAUGGGAUACGCUGCUGCUGGAGGUAAACCCCAAGUAAUGCCAUAUCCACAACAGCAUCCGCGGGCGAAUUUCUCGGGUCAACCCGUCUAUGCUCCCCAAAAUAAGCAAAUGCCGCCACAUCCAGGUCACGGAUUCCAAUCGGCAACAAACUUGAAACCCAGGGCAAAUGUUGCUCCUCCUAUGCCCCAGUCAUAUCAAUAUCAACCUUCCAUGGGGUACCGUCCUCAACACGUGCCUAUGUCUGCACCCGUUCAAAGGCCAGUUACUUCGAAUAAUACGUCUAAUCCAUCAGACGUACUUUUGAAUACAAACCCAGAUUUUGCAGUGGCUGGUCCACGUUCAAAUGCUGCGGUUGGUGCAAACAAGUGGAAAACAGGUAUAAAUGCCCCUCCUUCAGGUGUUCCAAUGUCAACAACCCACUACAAGCCCGCGUAUAAGAAGCGUGUACCAAGGCCGAACGUGUAUCCUUCUGGUCCCAUGAACAACAAUGGGAUGUUUUAG